UGAUGGGAUAUGAGAUGGCUCUCCCAUGUGGAGAAAAAUUGAUAAUGCAGUCGCUCUGCUACAUUCUCAGUUGCGCAGUUUGUACAACAAAUAUCCGCUUUCGUGUAAUAGCACUAUAUAUAUCACAUUUAUAUUAGAAUACAGUUGCAUGAAAUGCGGAGCAUAAUUACAACUUAAAUUGCGAGAGGUGGUAAGCCUAUUCAUUUUAAUAAAAACGAUGGACACUAGGCCUACUCGUCGUGAUGUUGUUGUAACAGGUUUUGGCCCUUUCCGACAAUAUAUUGUGAAUCCCAGCUGGGAGGCAGCUAAGUAGGGUUUGAAGAUGGUGGGACUUGGAAUGGGUAUAGAGGUCCACAUUAAGGAGAUUCCAGUCAGUUAUGCAAAAUCCCAACAAGUCCUUGAUGAUAUCUGGCAGAAGAUAACUCCAAAGGUUGCUGUGCAUUUGGGCAUAGCUCCUGGAGCCAAAGGCAUCACAGUGGAGCAAACAGGGAAGAACCACUGUUACAAGGACAGAGAUAUGAGUGGUCUUUGCCCUAUUAAUCACUGCUGCAUCGAGGGAGGACCAGAAAGGAUGGACUCUUUCAUAGACAUGAGGUCCCUUAGCAAGCUUUUAAAAAGUAUGGGACUUGAUGUCAUAUACUCCAGGGAUGCUGGGAGGUACCUGUGCGAUUUUGUAUACUACUAUUCACUGUACCAUGGACAGGGAAAGGCUGUCCUGAUCCAUGUGCCAGCCUCAGGCAGCCUGGCAAGCCCAGAGAGACUGAUACCACAACUCCAGACCAUCAUCCAGGUUCUGUUACGCAAGCUGGACACCCCUGUAUACACAACAUCAGGCUAUGUGGGCAACACACAGGUAGAAAACCCCGGAGACCACUUAAUCCACGAAGCAUAACCCACAAUGUAAAUUACAUAAUGAAAAUACAAUAAGCUACACAGGACACAGGGCUUCAGACUCGUUCAUUUUUUUAAUUCAAAAUUUAAGAAAAAAGAACAUACAUGAAAAUUCAGAUAUACAUUUAGCCAAUGGCAUGUAAAAAGUCUACCAUCUCAACUGGAGGUGAGGAGAAAUCUGAAAUAAAAACAGGAGGCCUUAGAUACAUAACUUACAUGAAAACAAGUGUACCAGCCAAACCAUAUUACCAUCAGUUUCUACCAAUCAACGCAAUGACAGAGAUUUUUUUUUUCCUCUUUUUUUUUUUUUUU